CAGGUAAACAUGCAACGAUCGCACAAGCGCCCAUGAAUGGUUUUGCAGGCGCCUCUCCAACGCCUCUCACUGAGCUUAGUCUGAGACUCCCGCUUUCCUUCGUCCCAUCCGUGCAAACUAGGCAUCAUCAUACAUGGCGACUGCCACAAAAUCAUCACAGAAGCGACCUGCGACCGCACAGGCGGGCCCGAAAGCCAAGAGGGAGAAAAAGAGCAGCAAACACAGUGGCUCGGUGGUUGCGCUAGACAAGGGCAAGAAGCGUAGCAGGCCCGUCACAAAACCCGUCCUUGACGAAGCGGAGGAGUCUGGGUUGGAUGACUCGGAGGCAGACGACUUUGAGGAUGAGUUUGGUCGCAAUGGGGAUGAAGCCGAAGGCGAAGAUGCGGAGAUGGACGGCGACUUAAAAAGUGCACCGUCGAAAGACCCGAAUGCUGCACGGGAGUCUCACAAAGCCCAGCGAGCCCUGCACAACGAACGGCGCGCUGCAAAACCUCACUCUGUCCUGCUUGCAGACGCAAAACGCGCCUGGCGCCUGGCACAUCAAAAGAACAUACCGCGGGCGGAGCGCGAGAAGCACCUCACCGCGCUGAUGGACGUUAUCCGCGGAAAUGUCAAGGACAUCGUGCUGAAGCACGACGCGAGCCGGAUCGUACAGACGGUCGUGCGCUAUGGUGGCGAGAAGGAGCGGAACGAGGUCGCACAGGAGCUAAAGGGGAGGUAUAGGGAACUGGCGCAGAACAAGUACUCGAAGUUUCUUGUCACGAAACUCAUCCGCUUCUGCCCCGCACAUCGAGCAUCAAUCCUUCGCGAGUUCCAAGGCCAUGUCCUCCGCCUGCUCCUUCAUCGCGAAGCUUCAAGUGUGCUCGCGGAUGCCUUCGAACUCUACACAAAUGCCUAUGAGCGGUCCAUUCUACUCCGCGACUUCUACGGAAAGGAGGCAAGCCUAGUGGGCGUGAGCGUUACUGCAGGGGGUGAGGAGGAGAAGGAACGCGCGAAGAAGGGGCUGAAGGGCGUGUUGGAGGGCCUCGAGGGCGAGCGGCGGCGGAGGGUGCUGAAUGCUGUGAAGGAAAACCUCGUAACAAUCUUCAACAAUCCUGACAAAGGGGCAGUCUCGCACACGAUCGUUCAUCGCGCACUGUGGGAGUACCUGUCGGCGGUUGUGUCUAUCGAGGACGAGGCGGAGCAAGAGAAGCUCAGGCGAGAGAUGUUUGAAAGUUGUCAAGACGUCCUCGCGGAGAUGGUACACACGAAAGACGGCAGCCGUUCCGUCCGUGAGUUCAUCGUGCACGGCACCGCGAAGGACAGGAAGCAGAUUGUCAAGGCGAUCAAGCCGCACGUCCAGCGGAUGUGCAUCGACGAUGAGGCGCAGCUGGUGCUGUUCACGGCGCUGGACGUCAUUGAUGAUACAAAGUUGACUGCGAAGUCACUAGUCUCGGACAUGACAGGAUCUGCCUCAACGCUCUAUACCUCACCACAAGGCCGCCGUGCGCUCAUCUAUCUCGUCGCGCCGCGGACAAGACGACACUUCACGCCUGCGCAGAUUGCGACGUUGGCCGAAACGGACGCAGUACGUGCGCGGACGAGCAAGAAGGACGAAGCCCUGCGUGCAGCCGAGAUCCGCAAAGCAGCGAGCGACGGCCUCCUCUCCUGGCUCGCGGAGAGCGGCGCAGAUGUUGCGCGCGAACCCGGCGGUAGUCUCGUGGUAUGCGAGGUUAUGCUCUACGCAGAGGGCGACAAUUUGCCCGCCUCCGACAAUCUACUGAAAGCCCUCUCGGCACCGUAUCCAUCCCCCGACGCGAUUUCCCCGCAUUUGAUCUCUCUCCCCCAUACAUCCCGCCUAUACAAGACCCUCCUCCAGGGUGGCCACUUCAACCACUCCGCAAAAGCGAUUGAGCCCGCGGAGAACUGGUCUCCGGCUAGCUUCGCGAAGCGAUUCGUCGAGCUCGUCGGGCAAGAUACUACGAUCGCUAUGGCACGCGGAGAGGGGGCGUUCGUUGUUGCAGCGCUGUGUGAGCAGCUAGCGAAGAGCGAGGAGAGCGCGAAGGAGAGGAAGGCGGUGAGCGGAUGGUUUACGGAGAGCGUGAGGAAGGAGAUCACGGAUGCGAAGGGGAAAGGUUGCGCGGUCUUGCUGGAGGCGCUGGACAAAUUAGAUUCGUAACCAGCCAGACACCCCCACGGAUCGUCACCUCGUGUAUUGCACUACUCAGUCC